UUUUAUUUCGACACCUUGUCACACUGUCGCUUGUUAAAAUGUUUCCUGGUGUCGGGUGUCACACAGACCUUUCUGGCCUCUUGAGCCAUUCAGCUCACUGGGACAUGUCUGUUAGUGAAUGAUCAGCUUCUCCAUGCUGAACAAACUGUGCCUUCUGCUAAGUUUUUUAAGAUGUCUUGGAUCCGGGAAGGAAAACUAAGCCUUCUUGAAAGGCUCUCUGCCAACAUCUUAAAGGCAGGACCGAUGCCCAGACACGUGGCCUUCAUUAUGGACGGGAACAGACGUUAUGCACGCAAGAGACACGUGGAAAGACAGGAGGGCCACACUCAGGGCUUCGACAAGCUGGCUGAAACGCUUCACUGGUGCCUAAACCUGGGCAUCCACGAGGUAACGGUGUAUGCCUUCAGCAUAGAGAACUUCAAACGUUCCAAAGAGGAAGUGGACGGCCUGAUGGAGCUGGCCAAAGAGAAGUUCCUCCGGCUGCUUGAAGAGCAAGAGAACCUUGAGAAGCACGGUGUGUGUAUUCGGGUGUUGGGAGACCUCAACUUACUGCCUGAAGAUCUCCAGCGGCUCAUUGCCAAAGCCGUGGUUUCGACUAAAGCACACAACAAGUGUUUUUUGAAUGUUUGCUUUGCGUAUACCUCAAGAUAUGAAAUCGCAAACGCAGUCAGAGAGAUGGCUUGGGGAGCCGAGCAGGGCCUCAUCAAGUCCAGUGACGUAUCAGAAGCGCUCUUGAGUCAGUGCCUGUACACCAGCAGCUCUCCCAACCCUGAUCUCCUGAUUCGCACUUCUGGAGAGGUGCGCCUCAGCGACUUCCUGCUCUGGCAGACGUCCCACUCUUGCAUAGUGUUCCAGUCCAUCCUGUGGCCAGAAUACUCCUUCUGGAACCUCUGCGAGGCGGUUUUACAGUACCAGCUGAAUUAUCGCUCUAUCCAGAAAGCGCAGGAGCUGCGCAGAGAGGCGGAAGCGGCGCAGCAGCUGGAGUCGGAUCGCUUGUGUGUAGCCGAACUUCUUCAGCAGGGUGGAAAUGGCAAGCCCAUGGAUGCCCGCUCCCGUCAUGCAGCACUGCUGAGCUACACGGCCAACCGAGAGGAAAGAGUGAGUCGCUUCCUCAGCGCCCUUCAGCAGAAAAGAGACACUUUCUUCGAGCAUAUGAGCAGCCCAACUGCUGUUGCUUAAGCUUCUGUUGUUAAAAAUGAUCCAGUCCUAGAGCGCUUUAACUGCUUCCAACACGUCUGAUUCAGUUUGCGGGCUAAUUACGAACCCCUUAAUGAGUUUAAUCGGUUAUGUCAGAUCAGGGAAGCACUGUGUAGGGCUGUGGUGCUGGAUACAACAUGGCUGCCUGUGGACGUGGUUCUAAAGCCAAGAGCAUGAAAAGAUUUUUAUAUUUACUAAUUUGUAUAUAGUUUCGAUGAUCAGGGUGGUGUACCCCGUUUUAUGGGGAAAUGAGCUAUUUAUAGUUGUCUCAAAGAUGGUUGUCAACACUAGAUACGUGAAACUAUUUCAACGUCUAUUUCAACGUCUUUGAGGUGUGUGCAUUACCAAAUGUGUAGCUCUAAAAUGUCAUUCUUGAGCUGUCUCUCAAAUCACAGACUAGAACAUACUAUUCUAGAUUAUUUUUAAUUAUCAUAACCGUCCAGGUUGUUUAAGCUGAGGAAUAUGAACAAAAUGUAGUACAGGUUUUAAAAAAAUGGAUAAUGUAGUGUAUUUGUAGUGUGCAGCAAUUUUCUUUUGCAUGACCUAUCCCAUCAUGCACCACAGAAGGAGAAGGACUCGCAGCACCAUGAUAACAACAUGGCCACAAAUGACCGCUCUUCAUCGAUGGUGCAGCUUUUGUCUUUGUCUCAAAACUGCUAGAAGAACAUUCUGUAAUUUCUGUGGGGGGAAAAAACCCUUGACAAGCCUUUUCUUUGCCCCCCAACCCACUUCAUCCCUGUGUUGAGAUUAAUAUAACUCUUAGAGAUAUAACUUUUAGAGAUUACAUAAAACUCUUGAACUGCCUUUCAAGAAACAUGGGCAUGGUUGGGCGUCCAAGAGUGCUUAAUUGGUCAUGGUUGGGAGGGAUGGCUUACUAUCUCUCAGCUGUCAAUCAGAGCGACGCGAGCCAAUUGUAGGCGUCUGUGAGCUCUAGCAUGCAGAAGAGGACAGAUGGCACUUUCGUCCGAAUGUGUUCCACUGCCCUGUGAUGCAGCAUGAGCAGCAGUUUGAAAAGAUGCAGUGGUUUCACAUGUGUAAGAGGAAGUAUGUGUUAUCUUUCGCAGUCCCUGGUUGAUAGAUAUCUGGCAAAUUACCAAAUUAUGAAAAAGAUGGGGUGAAAAACCAAAGAAGAAAAAGAAAAAUGGACAAAAGUCAAAAGCUGUUUUCUGACUGGGGGGAAGGUAGAUUUUCCAGGACAGAACAUUCAAACAGAAGCCUGAAAUGAAGAAGCUAGUCAGAUCCACUGCAUGGCAUUAUUGCAAAUCAGUUUUUCUGUAGUACAGUUGAAAUGACAUGAUUUUUACAGAUCUAGAAACACUUUUAAACAUUAAAAUGAAAAAUAAUGUUGAUUCAGUUACCUAGUCAACUUGAAUAUUUGAAUUUAACGCACCUUUCAUGAGCCCACUUAAAAAGUAUGAUCUAUGAGCUAAUCUUUUAGAUUAUUACAUAGUAUAUAUUUGCGAUUUGAGAAACAGCUAUUGACCAAGUUCUCUGUACACCAUGGUUACACCAUUAGUGAUUUUUCUAAGCAAAACCAGUGCUGCCACUUCCUCAAAGUGAUGAAGACUCUGGACUGCUUGAGAUUACUGUGACCACAUGUGUAUUUAUAGCAAAUGUCUUACUAAAUAAAAGAUUUUAAAAAAUUUAA